AUGAGUAGUGGAUCCGAAAGUGAAUAUGCAAAAUACUGGAUUGACUGGUUCUUGGACACCAAAGGCAAUGAAUAUUUUUGCGAGAUUGACGAAGAAUACAUUUUGGACAGAUUUAACUUGACUGGACUCAGUGCCGAAGUUCCACAUUACUAUUUAGAGGCACUAGACAUGAUUACCGACAACCUGGACGAGGAUGGGUUGGAUGACAAGGUGAGAGAGCAAAUUGAAAAGUCGGCACGCCAUUUAUUUGGAAUGAUUCACGCCCGUUUUGUAAUUACUAGCCGUGGGUUGGUAAAGAUGCUGGACAAGUAUAAGAGGUCAGAGUUUGGACGAUGCCCACGUGUGCUUUGUAAUAUGCAGUCUCUACUUCCUGUUGGGUUAUCAGAUAUCCCAAUGACGAAAACGGUUAAGUUGUACUGUCCUCGGUGUGAGGAUAUCUACAAUCCUAAAUCAUCACGUCAUGGAGCAGUGGAUGGAGCUUAUUUUGGUACUUCAUUUCCUCAUAUGCUAUUUCAAGUUCAUCCAAACUAUCUACCUUCCAAAAAUCUUGAAAGGUAUGUGCCACGCAUUUUUGGCUUCAAAGUCCAUGAAAUCGCAAACCAACAGCGAUUCCAAGAUCAAGCCCGUGAAAAAUACCUCCAACAACAAUAA